AUGACUCAAGAUCUGAGCGUCGAUCGGCCCAUGGAGGCUCGUACUGGCAGGGAGAACCAGAGAUACGGCUCUCAAGGAGAACGUCUUGUCGCCGGCAUCGUACCCCUUUCCAAGGAUCGCAAGAACGUUCUACUCAUCCAAUCAAUGCGUCGGGGCGGCUGGGUCAUACCAAAAGGUGGUUGGGAAGUCGAUGAGACUGUCGAACAAGCCGCCUGCCGCGAAGCCUGGGAAGAAUCUGGCGCCAUCUGCAAAAUCCAGGCCGAUCUGGGCAAGAUCCCUGAGAAGAGGAAACCCGAACAACUCACCACACAAGCUCCAAAGGCUGCCUACCACUUCUUUGAGGCUACAGUCGAUGAGGUCAAAGAGGAGUGGCCAGAAAAGCACAAGCGCAAGCGAAGGUGGAUGGGUUACAAGGAGGCCAUCGUCUUGUUGAAAGACAGGCCCGAAUUGGCAGAAGCUCUCAAUCGGAGCAGUAUCGACAAGGAGCUGUGA